GGCAAUCGACGUCGGUAGGCAGAACAAGGUGGCUGACUCGGACGGGGGAUUCCCGGGCGGUUGGCAGUCGCGUGCUCUCAUCGUCAGGUGAGCAGCUUUUGUACGGAUGUAAUCGGUUUACCCAAGUAUUUUCGCGAGUUGCCGCUGGAUGGUCGGCGUCGUGACACGCCAAACGUCCCUUGCACCAGUGUCUGCUCGCGGUUGCACGCGAUGCUCGUGAUUUGUUCGUCCUUUUAUUAAGAGGAAGACACCCGGGACCGAAAUGGCGCAGGAAAUCCCGGAAACGAUGUACGUACCGGAAGCUGAGGAGGUCUCCAGAAAGGAGCGGGAACGGCGGGCCGUUCAGGACGGGACUGCCUUGUGGAGGCGGCGAAAGGAGGAGCUCCAACGUCAGAAGCACCGCGAACAACGUGAACUCCAGCAAAUCUUGGAGAAUUAUUCGCCUUGGGGUAAACCUGGAGGGGGUGCGCCUUGCGCAGCCACCCUUAGAAAGAAAAACGUGCCGCUCGAGCCCCCGGAUCCACCCAAGUGUCAGAAUUUCGGUCAGCUGGCGCCUCUCUGGCCGUGGGGUCGUCCCGGUCCCGGCGGAGUUCCUUGGAGGGAUCCCAAGUUGCUGGGUGUGCGCUUCCUCGAAUCCCUGGGCUGGACGAGCAACUCCACCAUCGAGAGGCUGAAUCGAAGAGGCGUCAACCCCCUGGCCGUCACGGAUAUGAACAAGUUCUUCGACGAUAAGGCUGACCCAGGUAUCGCCGCGGAUAUGCAGCUGGUGCAAGAUCACAGGCACCGCUACAACGAGGAGGUACAGGUGUACGAGUUGACCGGUGGCGUGGAAUUGGUGCCGCUUUUGACUAGCAGACGUUAUUACUCGCAACCACAAAGCACUCGUCACGUUGCAACCGACGCCACGCGUCCUGGAUACUCGAUAGAGCCAUUACGACCGCUGGGGAUGAGGAACCGCGAGUACAUCGCUGAACUCGUCGAGCAAAUCCGACGAAAACGGGAGAUCGCAUUGGAGGAACGACGGACGGAGCAGGAGAGCUGUCGUAGACAUUUCGAUACCUGGAGGAGGCUCUGGGGUCGGCCAGGCCACGGUGCGCCCAUAGAUCAUGCCCAUCGUAACAAUCUCCACAACAUCCUCUAUCGUCCAGCUAUCUAUUGAAUUUCGGGCCCGCGUCUUCCGUGCUCCUUUCGCGAACUCUUGCUGGAAUCCCUUCCAGUGGUGGAAAGGGUUGCUGCCACGGGAGAUAAUAAUGUCCAGGAAGUUUACAAUAGAGGACGCGGAACAACGGAGGUUUUCGUCAGAGAUGGGCAAAGUUUCAUACGAGUAACAGGUAACGAAUAACAGUAUUCGUGGCGUUCAUUUCAGCGCGAUCAGUUGAAUUUUUAUAAACAAUAUAAUUGUCGUGAUACACUAGCAAUAAGAACUAUAUACAUGUUAGCACUAAAUUCCAUAGAAUCUGUAGUUUUUUUUGCCAGUUGAAAUUUUCAUUUAGAUAAGAAUUUUACCCAUCUCUGGAAAUACGGGGAUAGAAAGUACGCGACUCUCGACGACGGGUAGGGACAAUGCGUGAUGGAUUGUUACGAAAUCGUUCGUGUCGUUCGCGAUGGAGCGAAAAAUGGCACGCGGCGUGGAAGUUGGAGCGACGUAACAAGUGAUGCAACUUCGGUAGAGGAAAGAUGAAAACGGGAGCCGCGAUAAUACGAAACAGCGUGCGCUGUAUAAUUAAUUGGCGGUUUUGCAUAGAAAGUACCGGCGGCCAGAGUGGCCAGAAGCGAAUCGAGUUAGGGGUGAAAGUUGGAACGAGAUCAGGUUUUCGGCCCAGGUGAAUAUCAUGGGCGCGAAUGCACGGCGGCUCUUUUUUCACCGGGAGAUAUUUUAACUGACACUUAAUAGCUUAAUGGGUUCGCAGAUUGAGUUAGCAGUUACAGAGGAGUUAGGAUCAGUGCUAAUGCGAAUGUUUCAAAUGAUAUUCAUUAGCGACAGAAGGCAUUUAAAACGAUGCAGUGUUGGGAAUUUAAACCAAAUUUUAUUCGAAUAACAAAUAGAUACAGUUUUAUUCGAUCGUUAUUUAUUAUUCAUUGUUCGAGUUGUGAUUGUGUAGUACGUACACGUUAUCCCACUUGUUCUUCGAAGUAAAUUUUUCCUAACUCUGUUAGGAAACUGUACUUUGGAAAUGGAUUUUUGAAAAGCUCCUCGCGAUUUAGCAGCCCUAUAUCUCCGUUAAAUUCUUCACUUGCCGUAUUUCGUACUCUGCAAACACGAAAAAAAUAUUCUUUUACUCCAGUCACGGAGUAAAACUCUUCGAUAGAGCGAAAGCAAACAAAUAUUUCAUCUUUUGAAACAUCGAGAAUCCGAAGAUUAAUUCCAUCCAGGGAAACAUGGAAUGGAAACCAGAACGAACUCGAGAUAACUCGCGUAGGGAUUGGAGAGCUAUUAAAUUUCAUGAAAGCCCAGCAAACGCGCGAGAAGACGUUCGAUAAAGCAGAGACGCGAUACGACUGACCAUGCCUCAAAGGAGCAAUCUCUGACAGAAUGCAGUUACGUUGGCGGAUGCGAUGGUUUUUAAAUUUCAUGAGCAUCACAGACCACAGAUUUGCAUAUAGAUCUUGAAAAGAACGGCCAAGCUUUAGGAAUAUAUUGCAAAUAAAUUCUCUGCCUGUGCUUCACGUAUUGAUAACAAUUCUCUACCCAUACUUCGUGUACUAAUAACUAGUCAAACUUCUUUCUCAGUCAUAUUUUCGUUCAUAUGUAUUCGUGGCCUAUAAAUAAAUUCGUAUAUAGUAACAAUCAGUCUUCGAUUAAAUAUUAAUAAGAAUCGCAAUAACCAAUUACGUUCCUUUUGAGUAGCUUCGUGUGCGGACAGCCCAAGUCCGAAACAAAACAAUUCGUGACUGUUUUUCAUUCAUCAUGUUUUUCAAUUGCUACAACGUAUAUUCCCGAAGUUCGACCUAUCGGAUUAGGAACAUUCUGCAGAUGUAUCCCCGCGCGUGAGUGACUCGGAAAUCAGAAAGGUUCAAGCUUCUCGUCAAAAGCGAAGUUCCUGGUUACUAUCGAUACGGCUGCUCCAAAAAACUUUAUUGGUUACCUCGGGUACGCGAGCAUCAAAGAACGGAGAACGUCCGUAGAAAGGGAAGGGAAACAGAGAGGUCUCGCAAAACUUGUUCGGAAUAUUGCAUGCCAGGCUAAACAGAAAGCGAGUACGCGUCUGAACGUCACGUUCAUACGUUUGUCCUACACCCUAAUAUUCUAGGGAAACGCUCGGUGAAAUUUCCCAUCGCGAAUCGCUCACAGUAGAAGACAAAGCUUGUUUUUCCUCGAGUAAAACAAGCCAAUUGCACAUUUACACAACAGAGAGCUACACACCUGCCUCGAAGCUUUCCUCCUCGGGUUGUCUCGACGAGACGGAGAAUUUUAUUACUGAUUGCCUGAGGAAUGAUGAGAGGGGUUGAAACUGAGUGUAAAAUACAGAAGCUAACAAUAUAAAGAGCCAUUCUGAAAAGAGUGGUCAAAUUUUAGGAAUCCAUUACAAUUAAAUUAUCUAUCUAUGCUUCACAUAUUGAUAAAAAUUCUCUACCUACGUCUCGCAUAUUGAUAACUGAUUAAAUUUCUUCCUCAGUCAUAUUUGUAUUCGAGAGCUCCAAAUCAAUUCUCUACCAAUGCUUCACACAUUGAUAAAAAUUCUCUACCCAUGUCUCGCAUAUUGAUAACUGGUCGAACGUAUUUCUUCGGUCAUGUUAGCAUUCGAAAUUUACCCUUGUAGAUAGUUAUAAGUAGAGUGCGGAUCUUUACGCAAAAUAAAAUCCUGGCGAACGUGCCUACAAAAAUUCAACCUAAAUAGGAAUUUAUUUUAUUCUGCAAAUAUUAUAACAUGAACUUUACAUUUAAUCUUUUUUAUAUUCUUACAUAUCGUUUGCAUUUUGUAGUUUCUUGCAUAUUCGAAUUUUCUAUAAAUUCAUAAAGAUUCGCAGUCUAGUUAUAAGAAACGAGGGGGUUGUCAGGCCACGCAAUAGUUUUUGGAGUACAGAGGCAGGGGUCCCUCUUGGGAAACAUCUCGACGCUCUCCGUUCCCGUCGAUCGGGCCGCAUAAUGCGCUAAUUAGAAGUUAAUUGGUGUUCAAUCCUGGAGGUCCCGGCGCGACGAGCUCGCCCCUAAUGGACGCCGCCAAUUUAAUUUGGACGUUGUUUGCCGGCCACGACACGGUUUGUAUUCCUAAACGCGCACCUUUGUCCCGUCGUCGGCCAUAGAGAACGCUCGGUUCCAUCCUUUCCAGGGCUGCGUUUCCCUUCCUCUUCUCCUCUCGCGCGUGAAACCAACAGAAUCCAGGGGUUUCACUUCUCCCCCAUCUCCCCGGUUACGAUUCCCAGGUCCGAGAGAGUCCGUAGCCACCGGAGCCAAGCCGAAAGCUACCACCCUCCCCAUUGUCUAACUAUUGUGUCCCGUUACCGCUGUGUGUCCGUUCGUUCGUUUGUAUAAGGGGGGUGAUUCAUUUUCCGCGAAAUAUCAGUUCCUGCGCCGCAUGAAUUGCGACUCGCAACGGACGCGUAAAACCGCGGCCCGCGUUUCAGCUCUUCCUCCCCCAUGCAGCAACCACCCCUGUUCGUCCUUCUCCUUACGCGUCGUCCUCUUCCUGGUCGUUCAUUCGUUUCUGUCUCUCUCGCCAUGCGCAUUGUCAGCGAAAAUUGGGUCGGUCUCCCCGGUGACGCUCCUAGACUGCUUGCCGUCUCGAAUUUCCCACCUCUCACUGGCAAAGAUAUUUUUUUCUCUCGUUCAUCCCGCCGAAAGAAUUCAGGGGUCGAUUUAUAGCAGGCCGCAGAAUGGCGAACUUAAGAAUUCUGUUAUUUUAAGAAAAGCGCACGUAUGAUAAUUCAAGAGAUUUUGUUUUAAAGUUGGAGACUUUCACUUUCAGAUUUUAUUAACACUAGAACUAAAGAAAUUAAUUCUGAAAGUCAAUGAAUGAAAUUUAUGAAUUUUGAUGAAGUUAGAAAAAUAAUUGAGUAGUCUCCAAUAGUCUAAAUAAUAUUUAAUCCCAUUUCGAGAAUAUUUGCCCGACAGUCAACGUGUUGAGAGAUUUUUUCCCAAUAAUGCGGAUUUCCCUCGAUGCCUCAUGUAGUGGCGCCAUCUGCAAGACCGUUGUGAAAAAUUCCUAAAAAAUUCCCCGAAAUUGAGGCCACAAAUGGAAUUUCAAAAAUCACGUUUUUUUAUUUCUAUCAUCGAUAUAUUAAUCCUUGUAGUCCCCUUUGUAAUUCAGUUCUUUUACGAAAUUCCGCGUCCAUUUUUUAAAUUUCUCGAAAAAAGAGCACCCAGUUUCUGCCAUCUCCUGGUGCCCGCCGUCGGCGCCCUCCCCUCAUGACCUCGUUGCUCGCUGGUUGAAAUGAGAUACGCGACCGUUGCCGCGAAAAUUGGUCAUUGCUAUCUACGUUUUCCUUUCCCUUUUUUUUUUUCUGUUUUUUUACGGUCCACUGUCCGAAUGCGUGUUCAUGCGGCACCGGAGAAAUAGAAAAACGCCCCCGGCGUUUCCGGUUGGCUGUUUGCGGGUGCUACUUUAAUUUCCGGUUUUGCCUUCGGGGAAAGAAUCGCCGCGCCUCGUACUAUCCCGCGUCCGAAACGUUUUCGAAUCGCGUUUGUAUACCGAGUUGACGAUCUAACGAAAGACGCUGUUCUUAAUAUCGGAACUAAAAUAAGAAGUAAGUAACCAGGUACUGUGCCCGAGAACUCCAUCGAAAAAUUCACAGAGAUUUUAAUCAAAUUCUUAGGUGAUCUAAAAUUCUCUACCCCUGUUUCAUAUAUUAACACAUUUUCCCCAGGAUGAUUAACAAUAUCGAUUUUGGUAGAUUCUAUAAGGACUCGUAUAAUUCUGAAAGAAAACAUUCACAGACCUAUGGUUUCAUGAUUUUCGAGGGAAGCUUUCCAGAGAAUGUAUUUCAAAGUAUUUUCUGCGAAUGAAUAAUCUCCCGACAAUGUGUCCAACAGUUACCACGUAAUUGUACCCGUGUCGGUAUAAUACACAAAGGUAUUGAAGCGUAAACCGUAAUUUUCCAUCAUACAAAAGGGACAGGGAAACACGUGAUAUUAUUGCCAUGUUUGAUUUAUAAAUUUAUCAUCGGUGGUCGAGAAUAUUACUCACGUCCUUUCAACGAGAUCUCAAAUUUUUCAAUAAAAGAACGUAAUACGUGCAAUUUCAUUCUAAAAUCUUGUCGUACUAUCGUAUCAACGGACAGAAAUUUUACUGGAAAUAAUUUCGAAAGCAUCCCUCGGAGAUUAUAGAGUGAU